CGGUCGUGCUGCAGUUAAGGCGUGGCGUCCGCUCCGGGCGCCUGAAGGAGACUUGGGAGAUUUCGGGGCCGCGCCGCCUGUGUACUUGGGAGUCGCCUACGCCGCCGCCGCUGCCGGCAAUCCAUGAGGAAGAUGCUCGCCGCUGUCUCCCGCGUGUUGUCGGGCGUCUCCCAGAAGCCGGCAAGCAGAGUGUUGGUGGCCUCCCGUAAUUUUGCAAAUGAUGCUACAUUUGAAAUUAAGAAAUGCGAUCUUCACCGGCUAGAAGAGGGCCCUCCCGUCACCACAGUGCUCACCAGGGAGGAUGGGCUCAGGUACUAUAGGAUGAUGCAGACUGUUCGCCGAAUGGAGUUAAAGGCAGAUCAGCUGUAUAAACAGAAAAUUAUUCGUGGUUUCUGUCACUUGUGUGAUGGUCAGGAAGCUUGUUGUGUGGGCCUGGAGGCUGGCAUAAAUCCCACAGACCAUCUUAUCACAGCCUAUCGGGCUCAUGGCUUUACCUUUACUCGUGGCCUUUCUGUCAGAGAAAUUCUCGCAGAGCUUACAGGACGAAGAGGAGGUUGUGCUAAAGGAAAAGGUGGAUCGAUGCAUAUGUAUGCCAAGAACUUCUAUGGGGGUAAUGGCAUUGUUGGAGCUCAGGUGCCCUUGGGAGCAGGAAUUGCUUUGGCCUGUAAGUAUAAUGGAAAGGAUGAGGUCUGUUUGACUUUAUAUGGCGAUGGUGCUGCUAAUCAGGGUCAGAUAUUUGAAGCUUACAACAUGGCAGCUUUGUGGAAAUUGCCGUGUAUCUUCAUCUGUGAGAAUAACCGCUACGGAAUGGGAACGUCUGUUGAGAGAGCAGCAGCCAGCACUGAUUACUACAAGAGAGGCGACUUCAUUCCUGGGCUGCGGGUAGAUGGAAUGGAUAUCUUGUGUGUCCGGGAGGCAACAAGGUUUGCAGCCGCCUACUGUAGAUCUGGAAAGGGGCCCAUAUUGAUGGAGCUACAGACUUACCGUUACCAUGGACACAGCAUGAGCGACCCUGGUGUCAGUUACCGUACACGAGAGGAGAUUCAGGAAGUAAGAAGUAAGAGCGACCCUAUCAUGCUUCUCAAGGAUAGAAUGGUGAACAGCAACCUGGCCAGUGUCGAGGAACUAAAGGAAAUUGAUGUUGAAGUGAGGAAGGAAAUUGAGGAUGCUGCCCAGUUUGCCACUGCUGAUCCGGAACCGCCUUUGGAAGAACUAGGCUAUCACAUUUACAGCAGCGAUCCGCCUUUUGAAGUUCGGGGUGCAAAUCAGUGGAUCAAGUUUAAGUCUAUCAGUUAAUAAUAGAUAGUUACACCUUCAGUGGGAUCCAACUCUAAGGGUCUUUGUGUUCUCAAAUUUGUUAAGGAAGAAAAGCCCAUAAAAAGAAUAUAGGCUAAGGUAGUAAUUGCAUGUGUUUUGUACAACAACUGUACAACAGUGUUGCAUUAAAAGAUGUUACUGCACACUUAGUGUGAAUAUUAUAUAAGGUUAUUUUAGAUUCAGAUUUUUCCUUAAAAUAGUUCUAUUCCUUUUAAUAACUGAAAAAUAGUAUACAACUAAAUCAAAAGCCAUUCAUUCCUACGUUUGAGGGGAGUGGGAUCAUUCCCUUGACCCUUGGCAAGGGCCCCUGUGCCUCACCUAACAGCAAAUACUACAUGCACACCCUCCUCAGUGUGCGUGUGGGAGCUAAAGCCUCUUCACACUGACCAUCAUUUUUCAGUAAAAGUAUAUUAUCUCCAGUCAGGGAGGUAGAAGGACAAUUCCAGUUUUAUUUUUUUAAGGAUUUUAUUUUUAAGUAAUCUCUAGACCCAACAUGGGGCUCGAACUCCCAACUCUGAGAUCAAGACUCAAAUGCUCCAUCAGCUGAGCCAGCUAGGUGCCCCAACAAUGCCAUUUUUAAAUAAGACCAUAAUCAUUUCAAAGGCCAAAUAACUUAGUUUUCUUCAUUUAUACAUUAAAUACAAAGCUAUUUUCUUAAUAGUUUUCUAUUUACAUUCAUAUCAAACAUUAAAUACAAGGCAUAUUCUUAAGUACAAUGCCAGUUUAUAGUAAGCUAUGGUCUAAAACAGUGAGGCCCAGCCUGUUACUUUAGGGUGUAUAUUGAAAUUUGUUUAAAAGAUUCCAUAAUAUUCUGGGAUGUCAAAUUAGAGUUCAGCCACUGUUCUCACAAUACGUAAGUUCUACUCACCUUUAAAACAUGUUGGUAAGAGAUUUAAAAAGCUCAUCCCAUUUCAGCAAUUCGUUAAAACUUCAAACUCUUAAAUAACGGGGUUUUCCUUAUGUAAACUUAGUGGAAUUCGGGUGUAUGUUAACAGAAAUCUUAAGAAGGAUGUCAGCUCUUCGCUCCCUCUGUCCCCUGGCCUAAGCCGACUGGUUCAGCCUCAUCUCGGGCGGCUGGAGACCCCUGAGCCCUUCUGUACUGGCAGACUGCUGUCCAGAGCCGGCAGAGGCAACCACCACUAGGAGACAAAUGAGGCUGCUUUAGAGUCGUAAGCACACCACCGAGUACUUCUUUAGGAGCUCUUAAGCUACAGUGUACAACUCUAGACCUGUCUAGAUUGCCAAAAUGCAGUUCCUCGCUUAACUAGAGGUCUUUCGUCUUGUAUUUGGGCUCCAGUAGGAGGGCCAGGUGGCUCUGCGGAGCAGGCUGAGGAAGGAGGGGCUGGAGAGAGCUCUGGGGUUUCACCUCCCACUGGUACCCAACUCUACCCUAAGGAAACUCUGGAGUGAGAGAGGAGGUUGGGUAGUUGGUUUUCUGACUAAGCCAUAGCCAUACAUAGGAAGGAGAAUUGAUUUCAGUGAAGGAGUAAAGUGACCACCACUUUGUUUUCUACUGAUUUAAAAGCACAAUCACAUCAAAAAAGUCAUUUUCUAUUACAGUGUUUUGAAGCCAUUCUUACCGUAGUCUAAGGUGUCUUAGAUCUUCCCUAGUGAUGUCAUUAAGAAUAUCAGAAAGGGUAUAACCUUCUUCAACAAUCUGAAACAAAAAUCGAAUACAGAAGAGCUAAGCUGCUUUGUAAGAAGGGCAUAGGAAUGCUUUUUUGUUAGAAAUUUACCUUUUCUAUUGUACUCGAAUCUGCUCCUUGCAGUUGUAACCAGUCCACAAGCUCUUUAUCAGUUUUCUGCUCCUGAGACCCAGGAGGGGAUGCUGAAUUCUCUGUAGUAUCUGCAACGAUGUGAGAUGUAUUUUGUUGUAUGUUAAUGUUUAAAACUCUUCAAAAGUAACAAGGUGGAUGAAAUAAACUAUUAUACAACAUAAA